GAUUGUAACUUGUACAUAAGACGAUUUGUAUAUAAUAUGGACAUAAUAUAUCUAUGUAUAUAUCAGACUACAUAAUCUUAGUUUUCGGGUUUCACUAUUUUUCCAUGUGGAAAGAACAACCUUUCCCUGCACAAAUAAUAAAACAAUCUGAUCAUCUAAAUCUGAUAAUUUGAAUUUUGAUAACUUGAUAAAUCUCCAUCCGCUAGAAAUGCGUUCCCUAAAAUUCUGUGCAAAUCUAAACUUUCUAUUUAAAGAGGUUGAUGGAAUCCUGAAUCGUUACGAUGCCGCAAAAUCGGCUGGAUUCACCGCUGUUGAAAUCGGAUUUCCGUAUGAAAUUCCUAUCUCAGAGAUACAAAGAAAAAAGGAAGAAACCGGGUUGGAACAGAUUUUGAUAAACGCUUAUCCAGGCGACUUAUCUAGUGGAGAUUUUGGAUUGGCUGGUGUUCCCGGGCGUGAAACCGAUUUUAACAACGCCGUCAAACUUACUCUUGAAUAUGCGGAUGCUUUGCAAUGCAAAAAGGUACACUUUAUGACUGGCAAACUCGACCCUGGCAGCGAAAACAGUCCCGUUGUAUUGAAAACCCUGGAGAAAAACUUAACCAGCAUUCUUCCAGACUUGCAACAGCGAGGAAUUAUUGGAUUGAUCGAACCAAUCAAUAAUUUGACUAUACCUGGUUAUCUACUCAGCGAUUUUGAUGCAGCAUUAUCCGUGGUGAAAGCAGUCAACAGUCCAAACCUUCAGCUGCAAGUUGACAUCUUUCAUUUGCAACAUAUUCAUGGAAAUGUGACCCACAGAUUGCAACAGUUACUCCCAUUUACUGGUCACAUCCAAAUAGCACAAGUUCCCUUCAGAAACGAGCCGCAUCUCGCUGGAGAGCUAAACUAUUCCUACAUCUUUGAUGUGCUAGAGAAAGCAAAAUACACAAACUGGAUCGGUCUCGAGUACAACUCUGACCCUGUCUUUCAGGCUGGAGGACAAGGAACCACGAUUCAAGGCUUGUCUGAAUGGACGACCAAGUUGAAUUGUAACAUAGGGUAAAAUUUCUUGUUCUUGAAGAUAGAGAUGAUAUCUGUAUUUAAUUUUUAACAAGUCAAAAUCAUUGAUUUCAACUUUUAACGUCAAAGACUGACAAUUUUCUGAAUUUGUCGUGAAAAAUGCUAAUCUUACUUUCAGUCUGAAUCUAUCCUAUCAGUCAGACAAUCGAUGAAUUUUAAAAUUUCGUUGUGAAAAAUUACACAUUUCUCAGAAUUCUUGUCCCAAAUAAAUCAUAUUGAAUUUUGGUUUAACCCUCAAAUUCGCACUUUUAGUACACAAAAAAAGAGAACAAAUAAACACAAACUUUACAAGUUUUCAGACUGGAAGGCCAAGGCUGCAUUAGAUAAGAAUAUUUUCCUUGAUCCCAUCCUCCUCAUCUUUGUUGUAUCAGUCUCGAGCAAUGUUUUAUCCAAAAAUAUGCUAAAUUAAAGGUAAAUACAUUCGCCUCGUUUUUUCCCAUCUCGUACAAUAAUUGAAGUGUUUUUUUUUAUUAAUAUGUAAAAAUUAAGCCAUUAAAUGCAUCAUUUUUUCUUUACACA